UGAAGACUACCGCUGCAGAUUGUCCAACAUAUUGCUUAGCUUCACAUUAUCAUGCGACGUAUUGCUUGAUCUAAAGAAAUUAGCAUUUGGAGCAGAGGCCUCUGGGAUGAGUACGAUCAAUCCUUCGAGCUCGGGCCUUCAGUUCCACAUUCAUCCGCUGGUCCUGAUUAAUAUAAGUGACCAUGCAACACGCAUGAGGGCGAAUAAGCUAGGAGAAGAGAACAACUAUCGCGUCCUGGGAUGCCUCCUGGGCCAGCAAUCUGGGAGGGUGGUUGAUAUCAGCAAUUCACUGGAGAUCAACUACCACAUCGGCGAGCUUGGCAUCGACAUUGAUGAGGCCUACCUCACAAGGAAACAAGAGCAAUACAAACAGACUUUCCCCAAGCUGGAUACAGUGGGCUGGUAUUCAACUGGAUCCGAGGUGGAGGAAGCAGACAUGCAGAUCCACAAAAUGAUCACGCACUUCAACGAGUCCCCUGUUUAUCUGCUGCUGGAUCCAGACAUGAAUCGCACACAUAAGGACCUCCCAGUCUCUCUGUAUGAAAGCGAAUUGCACUUGAUUGAUGGCGUGCCACAGUCCAUUUUCGUGCAGUCUAAGUACACAAUUGAGACUUCAGAAGCAGAGAGGAUCGGGAUAAAUCAGAUUGCAAAGGUGCUCCCGCGCGGAAAUGACAAGGGAACAGAUCAAUUGAGUGCUCACUACAUGUCUCUGCAUGCUGCCAUUAAGAUGCUGCAUGGCCGCCUUUUAAUCCUCCACGUGCUGCUGCGCAACAUAGAUUCAGGAGAAAUCCCGUAUGACCAUGCUCUGAUCAGGCAGGCAGCGAGCCUUGUGCGUCAGCUUCCCGCAAUCCGAGCUGCAAGCUUCCAUCAGAACUACCUUGUGGAAUUCAAUGAUGCUAUGUUGACGGUGUACCUGUCCGGCAUCACCAAUGGCAUUGAGGCUGUCAAUGACAUUGUCGAAAAGGUCUCAACCGCCUUUGACAGCAAAUCCACCAGGCGCCGGGGAAUGCUUUGAACCCUGCUCAGAUGGGCAGCAGAUCAGAGUAAAUUACAGCGCCAGCAUAUACAGCCACCAGCCAGUAAGCAGAGAGACAUUCGCUUUUGGUAUUUUUUGCUCUUUGCGUUUGGUGAAGACGUAGUAGGCCUGCUGCUAUUCCUCAACACAAUGGGUUCUUGCCGAUGUCAAGCGUCAUCUAUAGAAAACUCCGCAGAGGGUUGAUCUGAUCAACUAAAUUACAUUAGGCAUAUAAAAGCCCCAGCUGGUGUGUGUGUGUGGUGCUCAUGUCUGCCAAGAGCAUUGCCUUUUGAAAGAGUCCUUCCAUAAAAGCACACCAAAGUUCUCUGACCAAUUUCCUGUGGUUAGCCUUUUCAGCACAUCCUGGACCGCUAGACAGAGGUGAGCCCACUGUCGUGGCACAGCUAAGAGCUUUUCAAGUUUGUCUAGCUAGCUUCAGUAGGGAUGGGUACAGUGAGUUAUGAUGUCGAUAUCCCCAGACUCGAGAUCUGUAAUGCAGAGGUACACUUC